GGGGACGAUGCAGGCGGAGUCGGGGAUCGUGGCGGACUUCGAGGUCGGCGAGGAGUUUCACGAGGAGCCCAAGACCUACUAUGAGCUGAAGAGCCAGCCCCUGAAAAGCAGAGUGCUUUACCAACAAUAAACUUCACAGCAUCUAUCUGGGUCAAGUACAUAUUGUAAUCCAUAUGGUACAGCUGGGAAGAAACAAGAUAAGGGGAUGUUAAAUGACUUGCCAAGGACACUAUGGGAACAAGUAUCCGUGCAAGGAAAGGAAGUUGAAGUUUUCAGCUUUCAGUCCCAAGAUCUGACUACUAGAUCAUGCCUCCUUUUGGGCAGCUUUGUCUUGGAGCAAGAAAUAAGCAGUUCCGAGCAUCCUGGAGCUUCCAAGCCUCCCCUAAGCUCCUCCAGUAUGACAUCACGGAUUUUGUUACGACAGCAGCUCAUGCGUGAGCAGAUGCAGGAGCAAGAGCGUCGAGAGCAGCAACAGAAGCAGCAAGCAGCCCAGUUCAUGCAGCAGAGAGUACCACUCAGUCAGACACCAGCCAUCAACGUCAGCGUCCCCUCUAACCUGCCCCCUCCUACCCAGGUGCCAAUGGAAGUCCUCAAGGUGCAGACUCACCUUGAAAAUCCAACCAAGUACCACAUUCAGCAAGCCCAACGGCAGCAGGUAAAGCAGUACCUUUCUACCACUCUAGCAAAUAAACAUACCAACCAAGCUCUGAGCUUGCCCUGUCCAAACCAGCCUGGUGAUCAUGUCAUGCCACCUGGAACUGGAAGCAGCGCACCGAACAGUCCAAUGGCCAUGCUUACACUUAACUCCAACUGUGAAAAAGAGGGAUUUUAUAAAUUUGAAGAGCAAAGCAGGGUGGAGAGCGAGUGCCCGGCUCUGAACACACGCACGCGAGCAUCAUGCAUGCAGAUGGAUGAUGUCAUUGACGACAUAAUUAGCCUGGAAUCAAGUUAUAGUGAAGAAAUCCUUGGCCUGAUGGAUCCUGCCCUGCAAAUUGCAAAUACGUUACCCGUAUCUGGCAAUUUGAUUGACCUUUAUGGCAACCAAGGCAUGCCUCCUUCAGGGCUGAACAUCAGCAACUCGUGUCCAGCUAACCUUCCCAAUAUAAAAAGGGAGCUCACAGCGUGUAUUUUUCCUACAGAGUCAGAAGCAAGGGCGCUGGCUAAAGAGAGGCAGAAGAAAGACAAUCACAACUUAAUUGAACGAAGGAGAAGAUUUAAUAUUAACGAUCGCAUUAAAGAAUUAGGCACGUUGAUACCAAAAUCAAAUGACCCGGACAUGCGCUGGAAUAAGGGCACUAUUUUAAAAGCAUCAGUGGACUAUAUCCGCAAACUGCAGAGAGAACAACAACGCACGAAAGAACUUGAGAACAGGCAGAAGAAACUAGAACAUGCCAACAGACAUCUAUUGCUCAGAAUACAGGAACUUGAGAUGCAAGCUCGAGCCCACGGACUUUCCCUUGUCCCAUCUACAGGCCUUUGCUCACCAGAUGUGGUAAACCGGGUCAUCAAGCAAGAACCUGUCAUUGACAACUGCAACCAAGACGUUUUGAAGCACCACUCAGAUUUAUCUUGCACGACUACCCUAGAUCUUACUGAUGGUACCAUAACUUUCAAUGAUAACCUAGGAACCUACAGUGUCCCCACAAAAGUAGGAUCCAAACUGGAAGAUAUUUUGAUGGACGAUACUCUCUCCCCUGUAGGAGUCACUGACCCACUCCUUUCCUCAGUGUCUCCUGGAGCUUCAAAAACAAGUAGCAGAAGAAGUAGCAUGAGUAUGGAAGAUACUGAUCAUGCUUGUUAGCAGAUAAUUGGCAUGGCCUCUCAUAAACUGCUUCAUUUCUUAAUCAGUAGAUUAAAUAAUUUACAUUUUUAGGUUUUUUUGAUUUUCUUUUAAUAUUAAUCUACUUGUGCUUCAUCAGUAGCCCAGUAUAUAUAUUAUAUAUAUAUAUUUUUUUGAAUUUUGUGAAAAGACUUGUAUAUUCUAUUUUAAAAGUACCAAUGCCUCCAAAAUAUUGUACAACCUGUGUACAGUAUUUGUGAACUGGAUUCACCAAGAACUUUGAACUGGUCAAAUCUACAUAAAGCAAUAGAAUUACAAAUCAAAACAGUCUGUUUCUAUUCAGGGGAAACUCACAAGUUAUUUACUUGGAAACUAAAUGUAAAGCUAAAAAAAAAAAGA